UGGGCAAGUGGGUAUGUCGUUCGACCGAAUACCCCCAUGGAACUAUAAAUUAGCUCGUACAUGCGUCGGUCAAUCGAGUAUCCUUGCAUGUAGCUGCAUUGGUCGGACCUCCGUACAGUUGGUGGCAGCAAUAGCAACGCUGUUGUAAGCCUACUGAAGAAGAAGAACUUCUGUGUGUUACAGAACCGGUAUUUGACGGAACGUAAGGUCGGGGUUUCACUGAGGAUUGGGGUAGACAAUAAAGAGGAGGGUGAAAUUCGGGCAGAAAUGCUCGGAAGACACCAAGAAAUAAUUCCCAAACGCUAAGAGGAGGAUCACGACGAUUUGAAGCAAGUUGCGACUUCAGCUUACGUUAUUUGGGCCGGCUAGAAAUGCGGCCUUUUAUGGUCUGUUUUAAAUAGUGUUCUCGUUAAUUGGUUUGCCGUGUCAUUGAAGGUCCCGGUCUUAUUUUGCUGGAAACUGCACUCGAUUUUGCCUCGUACAUGCGAUCACGGUCACAUCAGAGAAGAAGACGAUUGUACUGGUUAAACUGUUGUUUUAGCGCUGGGUAUCGGGUCAUUGUUUUACUUGGCUUUUUCGGUUGUCACGGUUUGCUACGCACUCCUGUGGUUGCUGUGACUGUAGGGUGGCACAUAGCCCCCAGUAACAUUAACAAUAUACAGAGCGAUGGCCAUUUCAGCGAGCCACCGGCGACUGCCCAUGGGUGUGCGGACAUUUAGUGAACUUUUCGAGAUUGCCACCACGGGUUCAAGCAGGUCCUGCUGCAAUGUUGGGUCCAGAGCCAGGCUGAAACAGCCAAUCAGGUACCUGUCCUCCUGUGGCAUCCUGAUGACAAAGACUUCCAGAAUGCUUUGCUACCAAGACUGGGAGACGACAACCAUUCCCGCACGCAGAACCUUCAUUAGCUUCACCAACAAGAGGAAAGAGUACUCGGAGCGCAGAAUACUGGGGUACUCCAUGCUGGAGAUGUACAGCGUGGUUUCCAACGUCGACGACUACAAGCUGUUUGUCCCGUGGUGUAAGAAGUCCCAGACGAUAAUGAAGAGGAGUGGGCACGCCAAAGCGCAGCUGGAAGUGGGGUUCCCCCCCAUCGUGGAACGAUACACGUCCAUGAUCACAAACGUGCGCCCCCACCUCGUCAAGGCCGUGUGUACGGACGGGAAGCUCUUCAACCACCUGGAGACGAUAUGGCGCUUCAGUCCUGGGCUCCCGGGGUACCCCCGCACCUGCACCGUAGACUUCUCUAUCUCCUUCGAGUUCCGCUCGCUGCUGCACUCCCAGCUGGCCACGGUGUUCUUUGACGAGGUGGUGAAGCAGAUGGUGGCGGCGUUCGAGCGGCGCGCCUGCACGCUGUACGGCCCCGAGACCCGCAUCCCGCGCGAGCUCAUGUUCCACGAGCUCCAGCUACUGCAUGUCAUGUUCCAAACGGAUGGACCAAUCGCCUGGGCCCUCUUCAUCCCCCUGUCUUUACACUGGACCCGUUUUCAGCACCGAUUUCAACGAGCGGCGCCUUCUACCUCUUAAACUGGGUCCCCGGUCCACACAUCGCUGUUUUUACACCUGCCACUACGAUCACGAAGUCACUGUGAAUAAUAUCAAAAUCGCCUCGCUUGAUGAAGUGAAUUGUAUCGCCGCCCGCUAAUUAGCGAGAGAUUAGCGAUCAGUUUGAAAAGCUGAAGUGUAGACGGCAGUUCUCCUGAGUUCACAGACUCUGGGCCCCCUGUUGAGGUCUCAUUUUGAAUGUUUGAACUGACAGCUGUGAGCGGUGAAGCCUGAACCCUCAGCGCUGAGGUUCGCUCUGUAAUCUGUGACAUCAUCCCGAUCCACCCAUAUUCCCUUGUCACAAUCCUGGUGUCCAAUCACGCGUGGCGUGGUUCAGUUGGCAGCGUGGCCUCAUCGAUGCUAGUGGAUGGCAUCAACAGCAGAAGGUUGUUUGGUCAGUUUUCGUAUCCCUCCCCAGUUCCGUUUCCCCAUUGCGCACAGCCAUUACGGAGAUACUCUUAUUUCUUAUUUUUAAAACUCCACGCCAUUGCUCUUAGGUCUUGAAUAUCCUCUGAAAUCAAUAGGGACUCAAUAAAUGUAUUAAACAAAAAACUGUUAUUGCUAUUUUCAUAUUCUAGUGCAUUUUGGUUCCGUUUUAUUAAACAGUGAAUUGAAAGCGUUAAGGCUUUUGCUUGAAUGGCGGCAUCGUUUGAAGCCAGUCGGGGUUUGAUAGGUUAUGGUCAAGCAUGUGUUUCUGUGUGUCCCCUCUUUUCUCUGAGGGUUUUCUGUGAGCCACCAUUCAUCUGGGAAAAAUAAUUCUGCACUUUAUUUGUACAAAGGAAAAAUUUGAAGUCUGGCUAAUAAAACAAUAGUCUUUUAGAGGAGGCUGAUUUGUGUAUUCACAUAUUAUAUAUUCAGUGUUCAGUACACAUCCAAUUCUGAAAUGAAUUCAUUCACUCCUUUUAGAUGGUUUUAAAUACAGCUGGCUCUUCGCCAGUCUUUUUGUUCUGUGGUUGGGCAGAGAGCUUGAAGGUGCUUGAGUUUCCUGUUAGUUUAUUUCUUUCAUGAAAAUGUUCUUUUAUCGUAACCAGGCGUACACUAAUCAGCAAAAAUAAAUACUCUGUGGCAGUUAUGUUUUCCACAAACUGAAAAUCUAACUUAGUCUGGGUACAGUACAAGAGAGUGAUUUUUUCAGUUUGACAUUUUCCAAAUGUACCGUUUGAAAAUCAUUAAUUCACCUAUAAAAUCCUUCUAAAUUGAAUUGCUAUUGAGGGACCUUGAGAAGUCUGAAAUUUGCUUUAGAAACACUGUAGGAACCUUGUAGGUUAAGUGCCAGUUCCAGUGAAUUGCUGAAUUUGUACAGGUACCUUCUAGCCUGUGGCUCAUUGAGUUGUGGGUGACACAGGUGUAUGCCCUGACUGAUUGGGUUGUGGGUGAGACAGACGUUUGUCCUCACUGGUUGGGUUGUGGGUGACAUAUGUGUUUGCCCUCACUGGUUGGGUUGUGGGUGACACAGAUGUUUGCCCUCACUGGUUGGGUUGUGGGUGACAUAUGUGUUUGUCCUCACUGGUUGGGUUGUGGGUGACACAGAUGUUUGUCCUCACUGGUUGGGUUGUGGGUGACAGGGGCGUUUGUCCUCACUGGUUGGGUUGUAGUGGAUACAGGUGUCUGCCCUCAUAGGUUGGGUUGUAUGGGACACAGAUGUUUUCCCUCACUGGUUGAGUUGUGGGUGACGCGGGACACAGGUAUUUGCCCUGACUGGUUGAGUUGUGGGUGACGCAGGACACAGGUAUUUGCCCUGACUGGUUGAGUUGUGGGUGACGCGGGACACAGGUAUUUGCCCUGACUGGUUGAGUUGUGGGUGACGCGGGACACAGGUAUUUGCCCUCACUGGUUGAGUUGUGGGUGACGCGGGACACAGGUAUUUGCCCUGACUGGUUGAGUUGUGGGUGACGCGGGACACAGGUAUUUGCCCUCACUGGUUGAGUUGUGGGUGACGCGGGACACAGGUAUUUGCCCUGACUGGUUGAGUUGUGGGUGACACGGGACACAGGUAUUUGCCCUGACUGGUUGAGUUGUGGGUGACGCGGGACACAGGUAUUUGCCCUGACUGGUUGAGUUGUGGGUGACGCGGGACACAGGUAUUUGCGCUGACUGGUUGAGUUGUGGGUGACGCGGGACACAGGUAUUUGCCCUGACUGGUUGAAGCCAAGUGGGUGUAGAACAGCUGCUGUUAGCCUAGAUAUUUAACAUUCCAGAGUAGUUUGAAAUAGAUCUGGUCUGUGUGGUACUUUUUUUUCUUUCUAAUUGGGAUGGACGCCUAGUUUUGUGUCAUUUCAUUUCAGCCAGCCUAAGCUCCAAGCAGCCGCUCUGCUAACCUUCUGCCAGAACCGUUCCAGCUCACAUUUUUUCUCUAUCAAACCUCACAAGUUUCCACCGUUACUGCAAGGGUAGCAGGUGGUGUUCGUAAGAAACAUUUGUGGAAAAACUGUGACUGGUGGAACUUGGCCCUGAAUUCACAGGGCCCAUAAAGCCUUUAUAACGUCUCUGAGCUUUCUUCAUUGGUCAUGCACAAGCACCCAAGGACAGAAAUGGGUGUGACGCUUACAUCUCCCUUGACUUUGGUUACUGAAUAGACACUAAAAUCCACUUUUAAAAGCUAUUUAAAUAGUUAGAAUCUCAGAAUUGCUACUCUUCGGCCUGUGGCUGUUGUGACUGCUGUAACCCUCAGCCUGUCAACAGCACUGAGUUUUCACUUUUAAUGAGUGGGUUGUGUGUGUGUGUUUUUACCUGAAAGCUGAUGUCUUUUGAUGUCUUCUGGUGUCUUCCUGUUUCCAGGCAGCUCAGCAGACAUUCUGCACACGCACACCUUGCACAAGCCUCACUGCACCAAUCAAAUCACGGAAAAGGAAGCUCACUACAGCCUGCGCCGUUAGGCCUCCGGGCACUCUCGUGGCAGAGCAGCUUAGCGCUGGUUUCUGUCAGGUCGAUAUUUCAGAAGCCCCAUGGAAAGGCCCUGAUCACAGUAAUUCACACAUUUGGUCAGUGAUUUUUAGGGCCUAAUGUGUGAUUUAUUAUCCCAGAAGGAGGCCAAUUGGGCUGAGGCGUGGGGGAGAAAAGACGUUGAUUUGUCACCCAGGAAUAAAAUGGCGAUAUCUAAUCAGAUAAUCUCUUUCGAACAAAUGAUCAGUCGGCGUUACAAAAGGCUUUGUGAUCACCGUCGCUGUCUCUUUCCAAACGGCAGGUAUUUGUCUGAAUGUGCUGACGAUGAUCUUCCAGCUGUCUAAUUUAGUCUCGGUUUCUGCAAGAGCGCGAGAGCUCGGAUAUCUGGCACUGGGGAAAUGCGGGGCUGCAUCACAGUGCCGAUUCAGCCUGACCUGGUGUUUCUUUAAUCAGGCUUGGGGCCUUGUGAUUGGUGGAUCCCAACACAUAGAUUUGUCGCUUGCAGUGACAGGCUAAAGAAUCAUCAUGUUGCUCUUGAUCCUCUGUCAAGCAUUAUUUAAUGAAUGUUCCGGAUAAAAAGAACUGGGUAGAACAGUCUAUGACCUGCACAAAGCCUUCCUGAGUACCGCAUGAUCUCUCAAAAGGGUGUAGAGUGUCAACAUGUAUGUCAUAAAUUAUGUUCUGUUAAGGUGGCAUGGUUUAUGAUUUGGUUGGUAAUGUGGGAGAUGUUACGAUAGCGUUGUCUGAUGACAUAUGGGCUUAUAACCGUUGCUGUAGUGCUCAUUACGGUCUAACGUAGGCCUAAUGAAGGCCACAUGCAGUUCUUAUGUAUGAGCCUUUGUAGGAAAUUAGGUGAAUUUCUCACAGAACUGGAACAGUUUGCAAAAACCAUAUUUUAGCCUGAAUUGAUGCAAUCAGAGAGGAGGAUCUUAAUGAGCAUAAUGGAUGUAGUUACGGUACCCAGUCUAAGUCUGAACCAUUGAAAAGACUUUAGGAAAGGCUUUUGGGCUGAACUGAGUGGCUGUUCCAGUGGAUGUGGAUGGGCCCCACGGUCUGGUAUUGAAUCU